AUGCGUUCGUCAACGCUGCUCACGGCAACUGUCCUGGCGCCCCUAACAGCGGCAUCCUUCACAUGUCCGCCGCUGGGCCCCGUCUUCCCUGCGGCCAAGAACCCCGGCGCGCAUCCCGCCGUCCGGGCCGCGCUCGCCGACUUCGUCGCCGCCGUCGAGGCCGAGACCAAGGACUUUGACGGUUCCGCAGUCUCCAUCGGCGUCAAGUCCGCGUUCGAAGACGAGCCGCUGCUCGACUUCCACCACACGCCGAAGAACCGCGACCCCCGCGGCGCAGACGUCGUCGACGAGAACACGGUGUACCGGCUGGCGAGCGUGAGCAAGGUGUUUACGGUCCUCGCGGCGUUGCAGAGGGACGACGUCAUUCACUUGGACGACCCGAUUACCAAGUUCAUCCCGGAGUUGAGGGGCAAACGGCCCGAGGGUGGGGAGCUGGACUACGUGGAUUGGGAGGAGGUCACCGUCGAGGCUGUCGCGGCGCAUGUUGCUGGCAUCGGGGCAGAUAUGAUGACGGACAGGGCGCAGUAUGAAGGCGACUGGGAGGCUCUGGGUCUUCCUCGCUUGUCCCCCGAUGAGAAGGGCCCAUCUUGUGGAGGGUUCUUGGGUGAGAGGCGUUGCACGAGAGAAGACUUCUUGAGCGUGUUCAAGAAUAGCCGCCCGCCAAUCUACCCGGUGUAUCAAUCACCCGUCUACUCCAAUCCCGGCACGGCUCUGGUCGGACUGGUGGUGGAGGGCGCCACGGGUAAGCCGUUUGAACAGGUUCUCCAGGAACUCAUCCUCGACCCCGUGGGCAUGGGCAACACGAGCUAUCCGUCACCGCCCAAGGACCUGAGCAAGUUGUUCAUCCCCGAGAACAGUACGAUUUUUGAUUGGGAACUGGGCAUCUUUAAUGCCGCCGGCGCAAUGUACUCGAGCACAAAAGACAUGCUCAAGUUCGGCGACGCGAUCCUCCACCACCGGCUCCUCAGCGCGGCAAAGACGCGGCGCUGGCUCAAGCCCACGACGCACACGUCGACGCCGGGCACGUUCGUCGGCAUGCCCUGGGAGGGCUUCAUCUCGAACAACCUGACGGCGGACGGGCGGCUGGUGGAGGUGUUCACCAAGGGCGGCGACAUCUUCGAGUACAAGGCCGGGCUCGUGCUCGUGCCGGAGCACAACUUUACCGUGUCGAUCCUCGUCGCGGGGCCGGAGGUCGCGAACGCCAUGUUCCCGUACUACCAGCUCAAGAUCAACGACCUCCUCCCGCCGCUGAUCAGGGCGCUGGACGAGGCGGCGCGCGACGAGGCGGCGGACGGGAUCGCGGGGACGUACGCGGACCCGGACAGCGACUCUAGGCUGACGCUACGGCUCGACGGCGGCUGGGGCUUGAGCGUGGAGGACUGGUUCAUGCGCGGGUUCGAGGUGAUUCCCAACCUGGGGCGGUACAGCCACCGCGGCGUCAACGCGACGGACAUGCCGCCUGACCCGGACGCCAGGGCGAGGGCGUACCCGACGGGCUUGCGGGAGGGGGGGAAGAAGACGGCGUGGAGGGCCGUUUUCGACACGUUCCCGCCGGAGCACAGGCAGCGGAUCGACGAUUUGGCCUUUUGGAAGAAUGCGUCGUGUCUCACGUGGUUCACGAUUGACCGGCUCUCGUACAACUACAAGGGGAUAGAUCACUUUGAGUUUACGUAUGGGGAGGAUGGAAAGGUUGAGAGUAUUUUGCCAAAGGCUUUCGGGGUGGAUUUGAAGAGGGUCGAGGAUAAGUCUGGGGUUUGGUCUGAGGAGUUGUAA